CCACAGGAACAAGCUCAACCAACUGGACCGAUUGCGACGCCUUUAUCAAAGAAGCAACCUAGUAAAGUUCAAGGAAGUUCGACAUUGGAUGACCAGUCAGCCGAAGCAUCACACGAAGAGCCGGCGAAGACCGACCAAAACCAGCUUGUUUACACCACUGAAACCUGCUGCAUCGACGUCCGACUCUUCCAGUAACAGCAUCUUCGCGGCAAUGAAACCUGCUGCAACGACAUUCGACUCAACCACGAACAGCAUCUUCACACCAGCAAAGCCUGCAGCACCGACAACAAAGCCUGCAUCGACUGGCACUGCCUCAUCUGAAAAGAAGCCAUCGAAUGACGCCGCUGCACUGCAGAUUCCUAAGGUCGCCGUCCCCUCAAGCUGGACGGUUCCGACGAAGGACAGCGCUGAUCUACGCGAGCACAUUCAGCUACUUGAACAGAUAAAUGACAUUUAUCGCGCCAAGAUCGUCCAGCUACCUGCGAGAGCCGAUUGGUCUGCAUUGUCCAGAUGGCAUUUCCAGGAAUCCUCCAAGCUAAAGAAGAAGAUCGACGACAUCAAGAAGCAGGCAGCAGCCGUGAAGGGUAUCACUGGAGAGGAAUCGAUAUUAUCAACUAAGCGAAAAACGGACGACUCAGCGCAGCUCGAUUCACCUUUCAAAAAGGCCCGCAGCGGCGAGGCACCUACGACACCCAAGGCUAGCGCACCGGUGCUGCCCAGCACCACUCCCAAGGUCAGCCCUCCUUCCAAAUCAUUCAAUCUUUUCGCAAAUGCUUCCACGCAGCAAAGCUCCAACGACUCCGCUCAGGCCAAGGCAACCGAGGACCAAGACUCUGUAUCCCAAGUUGGGUUCAAGCCUAACUUCGGCACAUCGACGUCUUCUGGUGCGACUGGCUUCAUGCCUAACUUCGGCACAUCAUCGUCUUCCAACGCGCCCGGAUUCAAGCCAAGCUUUGGUGCCUCCUCAAAAACAGGUGGUUCCGGCAGCAGUGGCUUUUUAGGUCAGUUUGGGGGAAAGACCAAGGAACAGCUGCUAGAAGAGCGUAUGAAGAAGGCCUUGGAAGAGGGCUACGAAUCCCCUACCACAUCUGAAGAAGCUGAGGGAGACUAUGAAACCAGGGAACAAUACAUGGCUCGCUGGAAGAAAGAAGAGAAUGAGCGCCAGGCCGCUCUCGAUGCUGCAGCCAACGACACCAAGCUCACGUUCGCACCCACCACGACGAGCAAGAAUUCAAACGCCCCAAUUUUCAAGCUCACGGCUGCGUCAAGCAAUGCAGCCUCGUCAUCAGACGGCAUCGUCGCGUCACAAGGUUUUGCAAGCGGAGCAUCCACCCCAGGCUUCCUGGGAUCCAGGGUCGGCAGCCCGGCGCCUUCGGCCGAAGGAGCUCGUUCUGUGCUGGAUACACCUCUGGGUGCGCAGACCCCGUCUUCAAAUCUGUUCGGCCACUUGUCUGCUGCUUCUUCACGCCACCAGGACGACAGCGAUGACGAAGCCGACGAUGAGGCUGUUGCUAUUCCUUCCGUCGAGGAAGAGUCAAAGAAGCGCAAGCUGGGCAAUACUGGGAACGCAGAUUCCGAAUCAUCUGGAACAUUAGAAGAAUCGAUAAGGCGCAAGAAGCCUGCGACUCAGACGUCCAACUUAACCAACUCAGACACCGAGCAGGAAACUCCCAAUAAGGGCCUGAGCCUCGCCGAUCGCAUGACUAGGGAUCCUUCGAUGACUGCACCGGGCGAAGAAGCUGGCCUGCCUAGCUUGAACUCCGUCAACUCGAAGCUUUACAACAUCAAUGGAUCGCAGACACCUGCAGCGAAGAGCGCCUUCAAGUUUGACUUCGACAGCGCAGCUGCAAAAGCAGCACCGCAGUCCGCGCCCCCAAAGCAGAAUAUCUUUGCUGGCGAUCAGACCUUCAAACCCGGUGCUCCUAUCUUGUUUGGCUCAAGCACCAACUCUAUGUUCAAGAUCACUCCUCCAACCCCUUCACCGGUAUCAUCCUCCGAGCCGACCACUGCACCUCCAAAGGCUGUCAACUCACCAUUCUCUUUCCUGUCUGCCGCUCCGUCCGCUGCUACAUCAGCGAUGUCUUCUCGGGCUGCGACCCCGGCGUCAGAUGCAGAUGCUAGCGCUGCCGAGGGUGCAGCUGUGAACGAAGAGGAAGCCUUGAAUCAGGUCGAGAGUGAUAAAUCUGUACUCACGACGCAGGAGAAAGACGAUUACGACGUGCUCUUCGAGGCCGAACAAGUCAUUGUCAACAAACAGGUCCGCAAGGAGGGCGCCCCGAAAGCCGAGUGGCAAAAGAUCGCGAAUGGCAGGCUUUGGAUCCUGAGAAGCAAAGCAGAUAAACAUGUCAUCUUACGCCUGCGUAUGAAGAGCGGUGCCGUGCGUGUUAACUACCGCAUCCCGUCUGCUUCUGCGCUCAAGGCUUCGAUCAUGGGAGCCAACAUGACUCAGGUUCUCGCUAGAGAGCCCACGAUGAAGGAUGGUAAAGCUGGUAUUGAAAUUUACAUCUUCGCGUUCAACCACAAGGACAAGACUACGAAGCAAGAGCUUGCCCAGAAGUUUACGGACACCUACAACUCCGUUGAUUUCGGGAACAAGCCUAUGCAGCGGCGAUUGGCUGUAACGUUCUUCGCAAGUUUCAAAGACGUCGUCUUUAUACCAGUACGCCGUAGUGGUCCUUCGAUGGAGUGCACACUAUGCCGCUCAACUUUUAAUCCACGUUCACAACAAAAGCUGAUCUUUAAUUUCUCAACUUCUCUUGCACAGCCCAUUCAAGCGGGCAACGUGCGCAUCCGAACCUUCUUUCUUCUUGUACGACUAAGGCGUUUCAUCGAGUUGUUGUCUUUUCUUGCAUUUCACUGCAUUGCGAAAGGUGUUUUUGAUACCCACGACAACGAAAGUGGGCGAACAGAAUGGCGUCAUGUACUGGGCGGGAACAACUUAUGUUUGCAUGGUUUCUCUCGUUUUGAAUUUCGAAGCCAGACCAUUCGCUGUAUAGUAUAGUUUUGAGUGAUCGUCUGGCAUGUAUAGAUGACUGAGAAUGCAAUUUGUGUAAACAAGAGUAUUGUUGUUUUGCUGCUCAAACCUUUCGUCCGGGGAUGUUGGGAUGAUGGGAGGUUGGGUCACCAGA